AAAUGUCUAAACAUUACAUGUCUGAUUCAGCGUCGCUGUACACGGCUCCUAGAGAAGCUACAUUUACAACAAGUACUAUUGCGCAGCGAUUGCAGAGUCUCGUCGAAAACACUGUACGGAUCCUUGGUGAUUAUUUAGUGUUCUAAUUUCACUAACGAAGAAAGAAGCCCGAUCGUUGGACUUCGAUAUUUUUUCAAUUUUUAACAUUUGCAUAAAACUGUUACUAUUUAACCGUUGAAGAUACUAGGAAUUUUAUUAUUUCAUAUAAGAUUUGAAACUAUUACGUAACUAUCGCGUAUACUGUAAACGUGAAAAAAUUUCGACGAAAUCCAAGUAGAUCGGUUGGGAGUCUUUCCCCAGAGAGAAGAAAAUGCAGAGAACAAUUCGUCCACGCCAACGGUCCAUGUACGUGACCCGUCGGACGAUAUCACAACUUGAAGAUAGCACAGUUAUAGUUGAUGUCAGCGCCGAUAAAGUGCGUGUUGUGUUGCUCGAACGUGAUCAGUCAGUCAGUCGAAUUCGUAACGCGGCUCGAAGCUGUUCGUUAAGACGGACGGGUCUGUGAUUUGUACCUUCGAUCAAUAGGGGGAUCGUUGACCUUGCCCGGGGCCGUGAAUCGACAGAAAUGCUUCGCUCGUGGAUCAACAGGAACUCGACCGUGUUGUCAUCCGCCAGUUUCCACGUUCGUCGUAAACAUGGAUCCGUUUCGAAGGACUGGUUACUCGCUCGUUCCCAACCCUGGGAAUCGUGCGGCGCUUGGAUGCAAACGAAACGGCUGAAUCACGGUAACGCAGAAAACUUGGCGCACAUAGUGAAUGGCGGGAGUACGCCGCUGUUGGACAAAACCGUAGGGAAGUUAUUAGCAGAGACGGUGGAAAGAUAUCCAAACAGAGAGAGUCUGGUGUGCAUUCAUCAGAACGUACGUUUAACGUACUCGGAGAUUCUGCGUCGCGCCGAUCGUUUGGCGGCCGGUUUAAGGAAAUUGGGCUUGCAACCUGGAGAUCGUCUGGGCUUGUGGGCGCCCAACGACGUCGAAUGGUUCCUGACCUUUAUGGCCGCGGCCAGGGCUGGCUUGAUCCUCGUCGCGAUCAAUUCCGCUUUCCAAAUGAGCGAGCUCGUCUACUGUUUGCAAAAAGUCGGCGUGAAGGCUGUGAUAUCGCCCGACAGCUACAGGACGCAGAAUUAUUCACGCAUGCUGCUCGAGUCGCGACGGGACUGCCCCAGUUUGGAGCAUAUAAUCGUCUAUUCGAAGGAUCACGUGACCGGGACCCGUCGGUAUUGCGACGUCGAGGAACUGGCGUCCAGGUCCGAGGUCGAGAAAAUAGCAGCCGAACAGGACCUGAUAUCCUGCUACGACGGUUGUAGCAUACAAUUCACCUCGGGGACCACCGGCAAGCCUAAGGCCACCCUGUUGUCGCAUAGAUCUCUGGUGAACAAUACGAAACAUAUCACCGUGAGAGCGGACAUCCAGAAAGACGUGAAAGCUUGCCUGAACGUUCCCCUGUUUCACGCGUUUGGCAUAUCUAAAAGUCUAAUUAUGCUUCAUAGGGGAACUACGGUAGUUUUGGAAUCGCCUACUUUUAAUCCUGUAAGAUCCCUGGAGGCAAUAGUAAAGGAGAAAUGCGAGGUCGCUUGCGGGACACCGACAAUGUGGAUCAAUAUGCUGGCCGCCCAUCAACAACAUCAGCAUCUGCCAAUCAGACUGCACGCCGGCUACACGGGGGGCUCCUCCGCGGCGCCGGAACUCUUCAGGAGAAUAAGAGAAUCUUUUCGUUGCGAUGACAUGAAGACGAUCUACGGGCAGACGGAGGCGACGGCGGUCAUCUUCCAGUCGUUUCGAAACGAGGAGAGAUCGCUGACGGAGAACAUGGUCGGGCACGUGUCGGAUCACGUCGAAGUGAAGGUUGUGGACCAGAACGGUUCCACCGUGCCGUACGGUACCCCCGGUGAGCUCUGGGCCCGCGGUUACAACAUCAUGAUGAGAUACUGGGGCGACGAGGAGAACACCAAGAAGACCGUGACCGAGGACGGUUGGCUGAAAACGGGGGAUCAAUUCAUUCUGCAUGAGAACGGCUACGGCCACAUAAUCGGGAGGCUCAAGGAUCUGUUGAUCCGCGGCGGGGAGAACAUUUUCUCGAAGGAGGUCGAGGACUUUUUGAUGACGCAUCCCGCGGUGCUCGAGGUGCACGUUAUCGGUGCUUACGACGAGGUCUACGGCGAGGAGGUCUGCGCUUGCGUCCGGCUAAAAGAAAACGCUCGUCUCACCAAGGAGGAACUGAGGGAUUACUGCAAAGGGAAGAUCGCCCACUUCAAGAUACCGCGUUACGUCGAGUUCGUUCAGGAUUACCCAAGGACGGCGAACGGGAAAGUGCAGAAAUUUUUAUUGAAGGAGGAAAUGGAGCGUAAGGGCACGAUUCCCGCCACUCCGAGCACCAACGAUGAUUUGGUUUCUGCCGCGAACCGUUCCCCCAGAUAGAACAGAAUUGCCGCGUCGUCGAAGAAAUUACAGUGUCGCGUUGAAUUUCUUUCGACGGGUAUAUAUGCGCAAGGGCGAGUCUCGAAAUACGCGGGUCAGCUCGAUAGUGAGCGAUUCUUGGUCUCGAUAUUCGGUGGAAUCGAUUUCGAGGAGAAGUCGCCGCCGAAGUGGUACAAGAGCGAAACUGUAUGGUAAGGACUAGUUUUAUACGUGAUACGUUCUCUUAACGAAAUGCUCCUUUCGACUAUAAAUUAUUAUGUUUGUGUCUAAUCGAUCCAGGAAGCAAUUACGAUCAUUUAGGAUUUUGGAAACUUUUGAUAUCUUCCGCGGGAUAAGCGUAUAAUCCAUUCUGAAUUGUGUAAAUAAGCGAAGCUGACGUUUUGCAAAUAACGUCAGAUUAUCGAGACUGUUAUCGUUCAGGGCGAUAAAAGAAUUUAGAGCAACGGCGAUAACGUGGAACGCGACGUGCUCGGUUUGCCAGAGGACGCCACGUAUCCGUGGGUAGAGCGAUAGUCGCAGAACUCGGCAAAGUAGAGAACUAUACGACUAACCCCGCACGAUUAUUACCAUCCAAUUGUACGAGCGUUAUCUUUCGAAGUUUCUUUUUUUUUUUUAACGUCCUUUGUACACCGUUUUUAUACGAAUUUAUUAAAUUUUUACGAGGUACAAAACGACCAAUAAAAAAUUUCCACGACAGUUGACGGCGUACGGAUGCACGGGUAACGCGACACCCCGGUGAUCUCUAAUUUCCGAAACGGCACGCGUCAGCGUCGUCGGUGCUUCGCCAACUGUUGACGCGCGAAACGUCGUCGAUCGAUGAUCGAUGGAAGCGGCGUGGAAAGGAAGGAAGCCGUGAAACGCGUAGGAAGUCGAGCGGGCUGAAACGGAAAGGAAGAAGCGACGCGAAAAAUAAGGACGAGGGAAGCCGUCGAAAAUCCGCGGAUUCGAGUCGGGCACGUGUUUCAGGUGGCGUCUAAUUGAGAAUGGAUGGCCUCGAGCGGCGAGUCUCGCUUCUCCCAGGGCUGGAAGACUUGGAAGAGGCGUGCAUUACUGCGGCAGAUGGUGGUCGUGAUUGCAGCUGCUCCUCAACGAACACCUGCCGUUUUCUCCCGGGCGUCUAUCGAGAUGGACGAAAUCACUGUCCAGCCUCCGCAGCCUCCUCUCUUUCCUCCCCCGUGUCCGUUCGGUUGCUCCGAUAUUUUUCGUUCGUAAAAGCAACAGAGGCGAACAGGAUACCGUCGAUCGUCGUUUCUCGUCGCGUGCCACGACGCGACGAAAGCGAUGCUCGAUCGUUGUUCCGGUGUCUUUUUAGCUAUCCUCUCGGCGAGACCGCAAAAACCACGCGCGGAAGGGCUCUUGGUCGUAAUCGGGGGCCAGUCUCAGGAGCGAAAUUAAUUCUGGCGACCGGCCAGGAUCUACGAGCGCGGGCCACGUAACACCGACGACGCGGGGGAGUAAAUUCGCCCGGGACAGAUUCGCGCGGAAAAUUGGUGGCCGCGCGCGGCCGUCCCGACAGCCUGGAACAGACGACCGUGACCACGGUUCCUCUUCUCCCGGUUAAAGGAGCUAACGAGCUGUCGACCGUCGGCGAAUCGAGACCGUUCCGUGUCGCCCCGAUAAACGUCGAUGCCCCGGUGCCCCGCGUCGCGUUCCUUUCUCGUCGAAGACGGAGUUCGGUACAGUGUCUCGAAAAUUUCCUCGAGCGACGCGCAAUCGAUUCGCCUUUUCGCUCCGGGUUCGAUUUCCGGUGGGAGGGCGGCCCUGGCGACCAACGCCGCGAACAAUGAAACGAUGACGGGACGCGGGGAAAGAACGAACGAGAGGAAGGAACGGGCAGACGAAAAGGCAAAGGACAACAGAAUCC